UUGAGGUUCGGCAGGUGAAAGAGAUUUUCCUGAUUGAUGUCCUGCAGGUAGAAGGAAUAAAACAACUCAAACGAUCACUGCCAUAGGUUCAGUCAUGAUGGCUCUGUUUUGGCUAUGUGCACUGCUUCUAAGCCUGACAGCUGCUGUGUCAGCACAUGCAGACAUGAACCUGGACUGUAGGCCUGGUUUUGUGAACCUGGUGUGGACGGAGAGCAGAUCUCAGGUUGAUACGUCACGUCUUCGUCUUGGGAACUGUUUCCCCACCAGCUUCUCACCCAGGGAGGCCGUUUUCAGUGUGGACCUCAACGAUUGUAACUUCAGGAGACUGGUCACAGGGAAUGAGCUGAUGUACACUAAUGAUCUGACCUACAUCUCCUCCCCUGAUUCUCACAUUGUCUCCUUCAAUCACCCGGUUGUCUGUGCAUAUGAAAGGCCCAAAGACUGGUACCCCCUGAUUUAUGACCCAGUGUUUAACACAUACAGUGAAGGAGAUCUGGUGUUUCAUAUUGCACUCAUGAAUGAUGACUUCUCAGGCCCAGCUGAAUCCACUAGUUUUCCCCUGGGCUCCAUCAUCCCCAUCAAGGCCAGUGUGGAGCAGAAAUCCCAUCAGCCCCUGCUGCUGCUGCUAGACGAAUGUGUAGCUUCAACUACACCAGAGCUGCAGCCAGAAAGCAGCAUUUACCCAAUAAUUAACAAUAAGGGAUGCAUGUUGGACAGUAAGAUUACCAGAUCAAAAUUUGAACCCAGGCAAAAACCUUCAGAGCUCCAGCUGUCCCUUCAAGCCUUUAAGUUUGCUUUGGGAGAGGAGGUGUUUAUCCACUGUGAACUAUUGGCGUGGGACCCAAGUCUUGUUGACCCCACCAAGAAGGCCUGCCACUAUGUCAAGGAUUAUGGUUGGGAGCUGCUGGACAAUCCUGCAUAUAACAAUAUUUGUGACUGUUGUGAAUCCAGCUGCAAAUCCAGGCGGACGAGGAGUACAGUAUUAGGGAAGCGUGGAAUAGCACAGAAAGCAAUACUUGGGCCAUUAACCAUCACUGAUGUGAAGUCCUGAGCUGCUACAAAUGAAUGGAUUCAUCUUGAGAACUGGUUUCUUCAAUCUUUAUUGUGUUUUUAUUCUUGGCUUGAAACGUCUUGAAGCUCAGUGCCUGCCUGUAUCUGCAUUUCCGAUUUGUAAUAUAAAGAUGUUUCCGAACACCGUCA